GUUUUAAUGAAGCAGUCAUCAUUAGAAGAUAGUCGCCAAAAAAGGAUCUGUAGCGACCCUGUGCAACAUUAUGAUAAUGCAGUUGUGAUGAAGCAAUCUUCAUUAGAAGUGAGGCCCACAAAAAGUUCUGAUAUUUCUUCUGAUGCAUCUUCUCAUAGCCGUCAACCUAGACCAUUGCUUUCAUCAAACAGUAAAUAUCUCAAGGCUGUACUUUAUAAAAGACAUGGUAUUGCUGCUUUAAGAUCUGUAGCUGAUAUGUUGACAAAGAGUACACAAGAUUCAAUCAAGGCGAUUGCCAAAUGUCAACGUGUUAUUGAUGAUGCUAAUAGAAGUCCUCAAUGAUUCUAU